AGGGGGACUCUGGACCCAACAGGCUACAUCAUCUCCCAAGAGCCACCAGCAGAAGGGAUAGAUCAGAGGCACCGAAGAUGGAGAGCUCUUUCUGGAGAGUCCUGCUACUGGUCGGGGCAGCUGCUGCAUCCACCGUCUUGCCUCCUGCAAAAGAACCAUUGAGCCACGAGGAUGCCGUGGCACUCGCUGUCGACCUGUACAACCAAAAAGCAGACGAAGACUUCAUCUAUCGGCUUCUGAAAGCUGCCCCUCAGCCCAACUGGGGUGCGAGUUCCGAAAGCACGCAAGAGCUGAAUUUCACAAUCCAAGAAACCGAGUGCCUGGCAGAGGAGGAGGAACGCCCCGUGGAGGAAUGCAGCUUCAGAGAUGGAGGGGUGGUCAAGGAAUGCUCUGGCUUCUACUUCCUGGAGGAGAAUCCGCCUGUGGCCAUUGUCACCUGUGAAGCCGUAGAGGACGAGCCUGAGCCCAAACGGGUGAAGCGGUCAUGGCUGAAGAAGAAGUUUAAGAAGGCCAAGAAGAGUAUCAAGAAGGGUUUCCGCAAAAUCUUCAAGGGCAAGGGAAUAACAGUGGGAGGGUCAAUCCCCUUUGGACCCACAUCAACGGACACUUCCUGGGGGAGGGCGAGAGAAGCCACACAUGCACCCUCAGCCGAAGGACGUUAUCCCACAUGGGCGGGGGGGUUAGAGGGCCAAGGGAUGCCCUGGGCUAUAAAAAAAGGGGAACUCUGCCGCUUAAUCCCAAGGAGGUACCAAAGUGAGAAUACCUUGAAGAAGAUGGAGAGCUGCAAGCUGUUUCUGCUGCUCAUCGGGGUGGUCGCAGCAGCCCCCACGGCCCGCACUCCCGUCAGCUACGAGCAGGUGGUUGCCGCAGCCGUGGACACCUACAACCAGGAGCAAAACCCGGAAUUUGCCUUCCGACUGCUGGAACCCGAGCCCCAGCCUGAUUGGGAUGCUUCUGGUGAAACUACCCAGCCUGUAAAAUUCUCUAUCAAGGAGACGGUUUGCCCCACAUCAGAGAAGAAAGAGGUCUCCCAGUGCGAAUACAAAGAGGAUGGGCUGGACAGAGACUGCUCUGGCUUCUAUUCGACCCAGCAAAGUCCGCCUUUAAUUAUUGUGCAAUGUGAGGAUGUGGAUCAAGAGCUGAGCCGUAUAACAAGGGGACGAUGGAGAAGGUUCUGGAGAGGAGCCAAAAGAUUUGUGAAGAGACACGGCGUGAGCAUUGCCUUAGCAGGGCUUCGGUUUGGAUAGAGAUCUCCGGAAGAAAAGGAAGUUUAAAUGAUCCCCAUCCAAUGGGCUCUCUGCACCAGCCUCACAUUAAAGCGAUCUAGAAGUUCCGCUUUGCUCUUUACACUGUUUUUCUUUCACUUCUUUCAGCCCAGAUAACUUCCACAAGGCUGCAGUGUACAAUGAUAAAAUUCCCUGCAAAAAUAAAAUAAAAACCUUCUUUGCU